ACACACUGCUGGCUUCGCUGUGGCCAUUUGGGGUCUUCCGUCAUCAGUUAUUCGGUGGAUUGACCUGUUUCAGAAUCUAACCGUCACACAACAGCAGUGACGGGAACGCGGGCGCAGUGCAGGCGCUGGAAGCAACCGCACACCCCCCUACAAACGAACCCACGUAGCGGUUUGCCUGCCUUGCUCACCAGAGCCGGCCGAUCCAUCGAUAUUAUUAGCACCUCGCCCAGGGAACAAGUUCAACGGUCAACACACCAAGUGCCCCUCCUGGAUGAGCCGUAGUAUCGUGUGAUUCCCAGGCCGGUUCUUCUAGAAGCUCGAGGAAUGCCCAUGGAUGCAGCAUCUCGUGGACGCUGUUCACUAACAAUUGAAGUACGCAUCUCUUCUCGACUUGGCGGGUGGAAAACCCGACCACGAUAAAUCAGCCGAUAUUGCGUUCUCAAGUCCAAUGCAACAACACCACCACAGAGCGAUUACUCGAAUGCUGGAGUCGAUAAUUAAAGUUCACGGUCAUCCCAUUUCCGUCCCACCCACAACGUCUAACAAGGUGUUGUGGGUGAGGUCAGGGGUGAAGUGGGCGGUGCCCCUCUCAAUUCCCAGGUGCCUGCGAUCGCUGCGGGCAGUGACCACAAAACUAGUCGCGCACUCGAACGCUUGCCAGGGGUGGAUUGGCGGUGGGGGGCCAUGUGCCGACUUGCUGCACCGUUUCAGAAGCCUUUUCUUUCUGGCAGGGCUGCAGUGGUGCGGCACGAUCCUCCACGACGAUGGGCUGACUGAUUGGUGCAAUUGCCGCAGGACUUGCAAGGUUCUCUCCUGACGGCCUCGCUGCUUGCCACGAGCCUGUCCCCUUCGAGCCUCAGCCCAGCCUUAGAGUCACACUGCUCGAAUGCUGUGUAGACUAUCUCAGAGGCCUUAGUAUUAUUUUCGAGCGGGUUUGAAUCCUGGUGUCACAGCGUUUGACAGUUGCGCCAUAUUACUAGCCAGUCGAUUUGGGCUCGACCUCUAGUCUCGAUGCACUCCAUCAACGUUUGGACUUGGAGGGUUAAAACAGAAUGGGCGAAGGACUCGAGAUGCGGAUUUUGGGUGAUCACAGAAUGGCAGGAUUCAAGCUAUCACCUGAGCCUCUUCUUCGCCUAACUACCUUAGUAACCUAGUUACGCGAUCUUAACGCUAGGUUGCUCAGCCCGUCUGAAAAAAAACAAUAUUCGAAGACGCAGCAC